AUGUUACGUAGUUCAUUCAUACGCCGUUUCAAUGUUCCAGGGAGUAAAACAGCGAUUCAAGUUCUGGGGAAUACCGCUGGUCACCAUGUUCCAAAGAGACCUGAAUUAAAAAUCAGGUACUACACUGAAAUGGCUUAUGAAGGUCUUCGGCAUGUAUAUCAUGGGUUUCGAUUAUUAUUUAUUAAUAUUCGUCUUGCAUGGAAAUACCAUCGUCAAUUAAAAAAAGGUCUCGCUCUUACAAGACGCGAGCGCAUACUUCUCGAGGACUCGACAAAAGAUCUUUUAAGGUUGGUACCAUUUAGCUUUUUUAUAGUUGUUCCAUUUGCCGAGUUACUUCUUCCCGUAGCGUUGAAGAUGUUCCCAGGCUUAAUUCCUUCAACUUUUGAAACCGAAUCGCAAGGCCGCAAUCGAGGGUUCCGAGAUUCUAUGAAGACGUUGCGCGCGCGCCAACGUGUGAUGGAUUAUGUUUCCUCAACCGCCUUAACCACGUUCAAUCCGGAGGAGCAAGAGGUGAUUCGACGUAGUGCUUUAGGGGACACUGUGACCCUAAAGGAUAUCCGCCUCAUCGGGCAUUAUUUCGACCGUGAUGGUCCAUUUAGCGUUUAUAAAGUUCCUGAUCAUAUUGCCAUGGGUCUUGGCCGCAUUUGCAACGUUUUUAAAUGGUAUCAUUCCUUAUUCCCUGCCGCUUUAGUUGCACCCUUAAUUCGUCGUCGCGUUAUUCGGCAUUACCAGAGGAUACGCGAGGAUGACAGGAUGCUUCGAUUAGAAGGCUUAGAUCUUCUCAACAUGGAAGAGUUGAUCAAGGCGAACAAAACUCGCGGGAUGCGGUGGACGGAAACCAAGGAUACCCUCCUAGUCCAACUGGAAUGGUGGGUCGCUGUUGCAUAUGAUCCCAAUGUGCCGUUCAAUACCCUUUUUUGGAUUAAACCAACUCGUUAUAACUUGCGUAAGUCUAUGAAUAGCCUUCCCGUUGAACAGCGGCGGCAGCUGCUUGGGAUUCAGAACCUUCCCGAGAGUUUUCGAUCGAGUUUAGAGGCCAUCUGCGCUACCGUCGAUACAGUUACGAAGAUUGAGGGGGAGCGUGAAAGUGCAGAUAAAAUUGUGCAAAGGAUUGUGGAGAUAAUGGACUCGGCGAACCAGACUGGGAUUGAUAUGUCCUUGAAAGACAUUCAAGCCGCGGUCGGUGCUUAUUUAACCGAAGAAAAUAUCGUGACAAUGUUUGUUAAGUUGAAGGAACACAAGCUUGAGGAGGAGCUUGUUUUGGUUUCGGACGUCAUUGAAUGGGUUGGACAUGAGACACAUAAUUCCAGCCAUGUGGUCUCUACACUUUUUGACGCCUUUGAUUACGGUGCAGGUUCAAAACCAAUAACCCAAGAGGUCCUAGUUGGUAUCGGGGCGCGUUGCAGAGAGGCGACACAGAAAAACCAGUUGCCGAGGCCACUAAAGGAUAAAUCAGCGAAGGAAUAA